AUGUCUCUCCGCCCGACAGGAGCUGAGAAGGCACAAUGCAAGAAAUCUCCUGUUGAUUUGGUUGGCCUUGAUCCCCAUGACGUCCAGCACAAUUUUAUUCCAGCUACCGGCCCAAUGGACGUCAACGGUCUCAGUGGCAAUGACAAAACCCUCAACGCACACAAUGAAGACAAACGGGAGGGCAAUGCACCCAAACCUGUUGGUGAUCAUCCGUCUGACGCUGCUCAAGUGGAGCCAGAGUACAUGCCUUUUGAUCCACCCCCUCCGCCCAAGCCUUUUGAUAGCGCCAAGAUCACCAACCCGCAUCCAGACAAGACAGCCGGUGGGGUUCUACAAUGGGUCGUCAACGUUGAGCGUCCGUUGCCAUACGCUGUGAUUUUGGAAGACCAGGAGAUCUUUGAAAUAGCUCAUUGGCUCGCAAACCAGCCGCUAAGUGACAAAGGUAGCAAUGCCUUUCUCAAAAUGAGUAGGAACCAAGACUUACCCUGGAAGAAUGUGCAACAAUUCAACAAGAGCAUCGACUCGAUGCCCCAUGGUCCUGGCUGUGAGAUGUGGACAGGUGAUUGGUGGUGGCAAAUGCAGAACAUUCUUGGCAAGGGCGCAACCGUAUGCCCCGUGAUUCUAGCCAGCGACAAAACUCAACUCACAACGUUGAGUGGAGGUUGCCAGGCGUGGCCGGUGUAUCUAAUGAUUGGCAACAUUAGCAAGCGCAUUCACCGCCGCCCUGGAGAAGGCACUUCACUUCUAGUUGGGUACAUACCAGCGGAUAGCCUUGAGACCUGUUACUCCAAGGAGGACAAACGCUGUGAGGCAAGAUGGAAGCUCUUCCACAAAGCCAUGGUGCUCAUUGUUUGGCCAUUUGCAGAGGUAUCUUGCAAAGGCAAAGAGGUGGUAUGCGCCAAUGGCGGAGUCCGUUGUGUGCAUCCAAUCUUGGCGGCGUACAUGGGCGAUUUGGCAGAGCAGUGGCUAGUAACUUGCACUCAACAAGAUCAUUGUCUGGUCUGCCUGGUUCCACCGGACAAAAAAGGCAACAUUUUCAAUUGUUAUCCCCAACGUACGCGCAAACAGGUGCUCCAGGCAAUUGAUGAUUAUGUGCAUGGGGUACGCAAUACAAUCAAGACACUUGGAAUACGCAAGAUCAAGAAGCCUUUCUGGUUGCGUAUGCUGUUCACCAAUAUCUUUGGCUGUAUGCCUCCAGAUAUCUUGCACCAGCUGGACAAGGGCAUUUUUGGGGACUAUAUGGUCAAAUGGAGCCGCCAUAUCCUUGGAAAGGGGGAAUUCAACCGCUUGCAGCACUUCAAGUUUGGUAUCAAACCUAUCCCCAGCAACCAGUGGACGGGUAACAAAGCUAAGAGCCUGGGUCAAGUUUUCUUGUCUACUGUCACUCCUGGUUCACAAACCGACCUCAUUUGCGCUGCGUGGGCAAUUGUCAAUUUUCAGACACGCGUACGGCUCCCGGAGAUAUCAGACAACCAGCUUGGAGAUCUGGCCAACAAUCUGCGCGUCUUCCACGGGUGCAAGGGGAUCUUUCUGACCUUGGGUGCAAACAAGUUGUUGAACAAGUUCCAUGGUAUUACUAAACUACAUAUGUUUAUGCACUACGCUGAGUGGAUACGGCGCAUGGGAACUCUUGACGGUUAUAAUACCAAAAUAUCCAAACAGCUGCACAUUGAUUGCGUGAAGAAGCCUUGGCGCUCUACGAACCAUGUGGAUGCAACGGAACAAAUGACCGUUCAGCUUCAGCAUAAGGAAACUUGGGCAAUUGCGUGUGCUCACAUGUAUGAGAUUGGCCGGCUUCCACAAAGUCUGCAAACACAUUACAAGUCCUGUGGAGCGGUCAAAAGUGCGCUGCAAACUGGCGUUCUGGUGGUGGAGAAGCAAGACAAGGAAGAUUUGAGCAAUGAGGUGGAGCAGCCACGAGAGCGGGCGGAUCUACCUUGCAAAGACUCCGACGCAGCUCCAAGCAACCGGUACUUAUCUUUCCAAGAUGCACGGGGCAAGGCAAAUUGUUGUACACCACUGUAA